UAUAAAUUGUUGUUACCAAGCCGGCCCACAGUAUCUAUCAGUACCCACGGCCCAAUUCGCUGUGGGCAGGAGUGAAAAAUAUCGAGUGAAAAAUAGCUGCAGGGUGGCGGGUGAGCAAACCUCAUGACUUGAACUGAAAGUAGGCUCUGUACUCCGUGAGCAUUUUUUGUGCGAUUGUUGCUAUUUUCAGCAUUGUGAUGGGUAUAUAAUGAGCCAUCCUCCCCGUAGCAUGGCAGAAAGUGAGGGGUGAGCUAACUGAAGGUAUAGGAAGGCGAGGACCGUCUACUGGUGUUUUCAUUAAGCAGCGGGUGGAGAAAGCCUGGCUCGCGUAGCAUUCGGUGCCAGUGUCCCGCAGGCGGCAAACGGUGGAGAUGAGCGAAGGCCGGGUCGAAGCGGUGGAGCCGGGCCAGGAGCCGCCGAGUCCGGACGGAAGCACCGGGGCCUCCCGGCUCGGCCAGGCAGAGGAGAAGAAACCGGGGUCCGGGAGCCUGCUUGACGGGAAGUCUGAGAUGGUGCUGGACCUGGAGGAGAAGGUGCAGCGCAGCAAGAGGGACCGUCGCAACUCCCUGCACCGCACCAUGCUGCUGGAGAGCCAGAUGAAGACGGUCCGCGGCGAGCUGGAGGAUACGCUGGACCACCUGCAGGAGCUGCGCAACGUGCUGCGGCGCUCGCAGCAGAACGCAGAGGAGCGCAAGGCGGCCAUGGAGAAACUGGCCGCCGGGCGCCGGUGAGCACCUUGUCCUCCACCCCGCCCCUGACUAACGAAAACACGUCGCGCCCCUCUGUCCAUCCCGCUCUUCAGUUAUCCCACUGCGUUCAGAUGAUAAGGCCCCUUCUCUAAUUACCCCUCCGCAACCGCCCCUCCCCUUCCGUGUCUACUGUUCCUCGUGUACACGGCCAACGUCUUUCGGUUGCUCCACAGGGCUGAAAACAGACCGGGGCGCGCCCUUAUUGCGCUAAGAAGCUCAAUCGAAUGACCUAAUGACUGUAUGAGUAUCUGUGGGAAAUGCUUCUGAAUGUUUGCUUUGAAAAUGAUGAGACAGUGGCAGCCCUAUCUCAGCAUGUACAUCCUGGUUAUAAAGUAUGAACUCCAGUUAACAAAUAUGAUUGCCAGUUGCUGUCUCUCUUGUUUGCCCCUCUUUAAACUUGUCUGUAUUCAUUGAUAAACAUUUCAGGUUUGGUUGA